GCCAUCCCAUGUGUAUGUGACUUUCUUUCUUCAGCGGAACACAUUUGAAGAAAAAUAUCUCCGUAAAAUGCAAGUGGAUUGGGAUCAGACCUUUGAAGCUCCAAAAAAUCACAGACAGUCAGCCUAAACAAUAUAUGACUCCAGUGGUUAAAUUAAUGUCUUUUGAAACGAUAAGAGCACUUUUGGUGCAAAAAAGAUAAAUAUUUAAGUACUUUUUUAACUAUAAACCAUCGCUUCUGGUCAGCAGUAUGCUUGUUCAUGCCACAAGAGGGCUGAGUUAAUACGGUCUCUUGUAUGAUGUAUUUGUGUUGGCAUUUAUGGAUGUAAUCUCACGUUCUUCUCAGUUGAGACAUCAAGGAUAAGCACACAAAUGCACCAUUGUGAGGAAAUAAACAGAUACAAAUACAGAUCUAAACCAAAACCAACAAAGCUUCUGUACAGCGUUCCUCCUCCUCGGUUGCAAACAGUGCUGCUCUUCCGGGUGUGUCGAACGUGCAUCAGUUCUCACGUGAACAUGUCAACGCAUUUGUCACAUGCAUUCUGCUCUGGCCGGAAGCGAUGCCUUACAGUUAAAAAACUACUUAAAUAUUAAGUACAUUUUUAAAACUUUUUUGCACCAAAAGUGAUCGUGCCACUUUAGAAGACAUUAAUUUAACCACUGGAGUCAUAUGGAUGCCAUUUAUGCUGACUCUGUGAUUUUUGGAGCUUCAAAGGAUUGAUCCACAUCCACUUGCAUUUUAAGGACCUGCUGAGCUAAGUAUUUUAAUAUUUUUCUGCAAACGUGUUCAGCAAAAGAAAAACAAAGUCAUAUACAUCUUUUUGUAUAGUUUAUCCAGUCAGAAUUUAUUCCUUGAUGCUUACAAGUGUGAAAACUGUUUCAAAAAUCGCAUGCCCGAAGCCGAGCUCCUUAGCCGAAGCAGUGUGUGAGUCUGAGCUCCACAGAAUUCCUCAACAGUGCAAAUGAAUGGGCAACUGAACUCAGAUUGUCAGAUUCAUCAGCAAAUCAGAUUUGUUUAUUUGUUCUUGGUGGGUGUGAUCUUUAGGAAAUAUCCCGAGGCCUUCUAGCUGGCCUUGAGUGACAAUCACACUUAGAGUGUUGUAUGUAAUUCAAGAGCAAAAAGCGUGAGAUCAAGCUGUCUGACGAGUUGGCUGUCAUCACUGCUGGGAUUGCCUUUGAGAAAGAGAUCCUUAUGUAUUUAAAAACCUGAGAUGUUCUGCAUGACUGUGUGAUUGCUUAAUCAGUCCUCCUUUCCUGUUUAAUACAUUUUCACUUCAAGCAAAUUGGUAAGUGCUUUUUGCAUUGUUAUAGCAACCUCAGGAGUUUUCUAAGUGUAAAUUAGGCUGCUUGAGUAUUCAGUGUCAGUUUUGAAAAGUAGUGCUGCAUUCCAUUCAACUCGGAAAGUCAGAUUUGACAACUUCCUACUAGGAAAAGUGCAGUUCUGACUGUAAGUGCAUCUUAAAGUCAGAAUUACAACUUGUAGGCUCCUGCAGAAAAUCUCAACUCUGAUUUCACCGAGAUGCAGGGGCAUGAUGUCACACAAACUCUAGGGAGAUAUACAAAGUAAGUGAUAAACAUUCACUUUAUUAGUAAUAUCUAUAAAUUUGUUUGUUUCCAUAUGACAUGAUAUUAAAGCUUGUUUAACAAACGCCUGCAGAAACAGGUUGUGACAGGGCGGAGGGCGGGGCCGGGUCAUGAUUUUACACACCCAGUCCCUUAUCAGGCUAAUCAAGCCUCCGAGAGGGAUAAAGGCCGACUGUGGAUGGUGGUGCGACAGAGAGAGAAUGUUUACGGGCAGUUGUCUGUCCUAUGUGUGUGUUUGUGUUGUUUGGUUUAUUUCUUUAUUAAACUAUUAUUAAUUUUGUUUCCAUUGAACUGCUUUACACAGGUGUAUAAAACAUUAUAAUCUCUUUUGAUAACCGUACACCUGAAGCACAAAUGCUAGCGAUGCAGCAGUUGGGUUGCUAGGAGACAUCUCUAAUGAGAGUCAAACUCCUGCUAAGCUAACAGUUCCGAAUACCCGGUAAUGGAAUGCAUUUAUGGUCGGAGAUAUCAAGUAGGAAUAUCCCACAUCCAACUUGAAUGGAACACAGCAUAAUCCUGUACCCUGACAAAACAAAAUGUAUUGCAAGCAACAUUUAAACAUUUCAAAUGCAAAUACAGUAUCUCACAAAAGUGAAUACACCCCUCACAAAUAUUUGUAAAUAUUUGAUUAUAUCUUUUCAUGUGACAACACUGAAGAUAUGACACUUUGAAUACAAUGUAAAGUAGUGAGUGUACAGCUUGUAUAACAGUGUAAAUUUGCUGUCCCCUCAAAAUAACUCAACACACAGCCAUUAAUGUCUAAACUGCUGGCAACAAAAGUGAGUACACUACUAGGUGAAAAACUCCCAAGUUAUUUUUGGCUACAACAAAGAGUUUGCAGCAAAACUAAUUUGCAUGGGAAAAGUUAUGAGUGGUGGAUUCAAAUUUUUUUGUAAGGGUGUACUAGUGGCGUAGAAAUAACACGCUCAUUGAAGAAGAAAAUAGUUCAGGGUCAACUUUUGAAGUUGUUGGCUGUCAGAAAAACUAAAAAGUGAAAACAUUAGACAAACAGGCUUCUAUUAUGAAUUGUGGAACACUUCCACGUACAGGAAAAAGGUGGACCUUAUUCAGAAUAUCUACUGUAAUGGAAUAUUCAUUUAUUUAUACAGUUUUAUAAAUGUGUGCUUGUCCAAACGAAGGUAAUUCUGGGUGAUAUGAGACAGGCAGUUGCAAAUAAAAAAAAUUUCUUAAGUUAAUAAACACAUUUUUGAAGUGAGGAAGUUACAAACAUGAAAAUAAAUUAAUAUACAUAUGGGUGAAAACAUUGAUCAAAUCAUACUAUUCAAAGCACUUUCAUGUUCUGUAUUUUGCUAAUUUGUUAAUUCGGAAAAUCAUGUGCAUCAAGUAAACACAGUCAUUGCUUUAAUUAGUUUUUUCAUUGUGCAAUGACUGUUUCAUGUUUUACCACUGCCUGAAAGGUAAAGUAACUUUUAUACAACAUAUACAAGGUACAGUAUACAGUAUGCAAAUCAUAAAAGUUGCUGACUUUUGUAUUGAACACAGUGAGUUCUCAAUUUCUAAAUGACUUCAGGCUACCUACGUGACUUGAUCUUAAGAUGUCUACUGUCAGUAUACCCAUGUGUGUCCCAGUAUGCAUGGGACAUUACUUGUCCCUUUACUUUGAGCCAUAGCUCACCAAAAGUGUCACAUUAUUUUUCCACAAAUAGCUAGGGAAGCUCAAGCAUGCAUUUGAUUCAACAUAUAAAAGUGAAUGAUUGUACAUUCAAAAAAAUCUAAUCAAAUAAAAAAUAAAAGCUGGAGACACAUAGACUGAGCUUGACCUUCCUGAAAUUUUACAGGAAGUCACAGGCACAUCAGCCAUGCAUGAGGUUAAUACAGUAUUUAUCCCAAGCGUCGAUGUUGUGUGUCAUUUUAACCACAUGGUGAUGCUCUGAUAUUAUGAAUAAGAAUAUUUCCUCAUCACUUUUUGCUAUGCAUGAAUACGAAUUCCAAAUGUCCUGUCUUCAUAAUAGUUAGUUUAUUCACUCUCAGUGUUUCGUUCAUAUCUGACCAGUGCUUGCUUUUUAUUGACAGGAACAAAAAGAAGAUCUGUUGUUAUUAAAAAUCUUGUGAUAUUUGGGUGUGCAUAUUGAAGCUGGGAUAAACCUUUUUAAAAUACAUCGGAUUUUAUGCUCUAAUCGUUGUGUAUUUAGAUGUCUUUUUUCCGUCUCGGAAUGUUUAAUCAUGAAUACAGUGAGGCAGUGCUGUAGAGGAGACUACACGCGCCUCAUAUGGUCUUCCUGUCUCGUGACGCAGUUCGUCUGGAGGGGAGGCGCGCGGUAGCUACGGUAUAAAAUAGAGGAGACACUCCGGUACAACAGCACUGUGACAGAACACAGUUGUUAGAAUCAUGGAGACACUGAGGAAUACCUCUUACCCAUCAAUAACGACCCAUAACGAAAAGAUGUGUGAGUUAAAUAAAAUAAGUGAGCAAGAAUGGAAAAAGACAGAGGAAAACAGUCGGACGGGCACUGAGUAUUCAAGAAUCAUUACUGACCCCAAUACUGGAAAAAGUUACUGCCGGGGAAAAGUUCUAGGAAAGGGAGGCUUCGCAAAGUGCUAUGAGAUGACCGACCUGUCUUCAAGUAAAGUUUAUGCAGCCAAAAUCAUCCCGCACACGCGUGUGUCCAAACCGCACCAGAGAGAUAAGAUUAACAAAGAGAUCGAGCUGCACAGAGCUCUCAGCCAUAAACACAUAGUGCAUUUCUACCACCACUUUGAAGACAAAGACAACAUCUAUAUUCUGCUGGAGUACUGCAGUAGAAGAUCACUGUCCCAUAUACUAAAGGCACGAAAAGUCCUAACAGAACCCGAGGUGAGGUAUUACUUGAAACAGACUGUGUCUGCUUUAAAAUACCUCCACGACCUAGAGAUCCUGCAUCGAGACCUGAAACUAGGCAACCUGUUUGUGGGUGACUCAAUGGAACUGAAAGUGGGAGAUUUUGGGCUGGCUGCCAAACUAGAACCAGUCAGCAACAGACGCAAAACGAUCUGUGGUACACCCAACUACCUGUCCCCGGAAGUGCUGAACAAACAGGGCCAUGGUUGGGAGUCUGACGUGUGGGCUCUGGGCUGUGUCAUGUACACCAUGCUACUGGGUAAACCUCCAUUUGAGACCACAAACCUAAAGGAGACAUACCGUUGUAUCCGAGAGGCCCAUUAUACCCUUCCUGCCACGCUUGCUCUCCCCGCCAAACAGCUCAUCUCCAGCAUGCUUGCACAAAACCCUGUGGACCGCCCACACCUGGACGACAUCAUGCAACAUGAAUUUUUUACCCAGGGCUUCAUGCCAGAAACGCUCCCUGUCAGCUGCUGCCACUCGGCCCCCGACUUCCACAUUUCCAGUCCAGCCAAAAGUUUCUUCAAAAAGGCAGCCGCAGCUCUCUUUGGUGGCAAAAAGGACAAAGCCAAGUACUAUGAAAAUAUAAAUCGGUUAGCCAAAGAGGAGGAAGACAUAUUCAAGCUUAGUCAAGACUUAAGAAAAACUUCCAUAAGUCAUCAAAUUACUACACACUUACCUGAGGAUGGUGGAACUCCGUCAGCACCUACAAGAAAGCCGGUUACCCAGGCAACUGCCAGAAGACCGCAGACAAAAGAUUCCAUUCACUUGAUUGUUAGAGGCAGCUUGGGCAGCUGCAGUAGCAGCAGUGAAUGUCUUGAGGACAGCACCACUGGCACAGUGGCAGAAGCUGUUAUUAGUGUUUUGAGGGGCUGCCUUGACCAUAUGCCUAAAGCUGACAGUCUGCCUAGCCCUAUAGGAAAUGGUUGUAAUAGCUUGAAGUGGGUUACUAAGUGGGUGGACUAUUCCAAUAAAUAUGGAUUUGGCUAUCAGCUGUCUGACAACACAGUGGGCGUCCUUUUCAACACCGGAACACAUAUGAGUCUCUUCUCUGAUAAGAAGAUGGUUCAUCAGUAUGCUGCACUGGGCCAGAAGUCUGUUUUCACUGUUGUCGAUGCUCCUGAGUGUGCCAUGGCCCAGGUCACCAUCCUUAAGUACUUUGCCCACUACAUGGAGGAGAAUUUGAUGGAUGGAGCAGAUAUGAUAAAUGAGCCAGAUCCUCAAAAGACCAGAAUAUACCUUCUGCAGUGGCUGAAAUCAGAUAGAGCUCUGUUGAUGCUUUUCAGCGACGGCACGUUCCAGGUGAACUUCUACCACGACCACACCAAGCUCAUCCUGUGCACACAGCAGGAGGAAUACCUGCUGACGUAUAUCAACGAGGAGCGAACAUCAGCCACCUUCAAACUGAGCAUGCUGCUCAGGGCGGGCUGCACCGCAGACCUGCGCAGCCGUCUGGAGUACGCCCUUAACAUGCUGCUGCAAUGAUGCAACUGAGCCUGACAGAUGAAGAGGACAGUUGGCCACUGACUCAACAAGAACAUGAAUUGACAGUUUGAUUUAUUAAAAGGCCACAGAGGAAUGGUUAUUGAUCUGGAUGUCCUGAAGUACAGAAAGGUUUUAUAUAACUGAGGCAGACUCACUGGAUUUACAGUUCAAGGGCUGAAGAUUAAAUACUGGAGGAAUGAAGUGUUACGUAUAAAUCUGGGCUGGGACCAGGGAUCAGGGAUCUUGCUUGUGUAUGUGGGGGGGGUAAAUGUUGAUGGAUUACACAUUCAUGUAAUACAAAUUAUUGCAAAAAUUAUUGUUUGUUCCUUGAGAUCGCUUUCUCCCUCUGAUCUUACCAAAUAUUGAUUGUGUACAUAAUUCCUUAUUUAUUUAUUUAUUAUUUAAUAAAA